AUCAGGAUAGGAGACAGGAAAUAUCAUGACGGCGGUACCACAGGUCGCUGGGCAGGAGCUCGAGAGCCGCCGUCCGAUGGAAUAUCGAAUCUACGAUUCUCCAACCACAGUGAUCAUCUUCUCGUAUCGUCGUGGGACAAGAGUGUGCGAUUGUAUGAUGCGAGUGCCAAUCUGUUGAGGGGAGAGUUCAUGCACGGUGGUCCUGUGUUGGACUGUUGCUUCCAUGAUGAUUCUUCGGGGUUCAGUGCGAGUGCUGAUAAUACUGUGAGGAGGCUUGUCUUCAACUAUGGUAGGGAGGAUAUUUUAGGAAGGCAUGAUGCACCUGUACGCUGUAUUGAAUACUCGUAUGCCACAGGGCAAGUGAUUACUGGUAGCUGGGACAAAACUUUGAAGUGUUGGGAUCCUAGAGGUGCAAAUGGGCCGGAUCGCUCACUUGUUGGGACGUACACACAGCCUGAGCGUGUCUAUUCUCUAUCACUUGUUGGCAAUCGCUUAGUUGUAGCAACUGCUGGAAGGCAUGUCAAUGUUUAUGAUCUACGGAAUAUGUCUCAACCUGAACAACGAAGGGAAUCUUCGCUGAAAUAUCAAACUAGAUGUGUGCGCUGUUACCCCAAUGGAACAGGUUAUGCUCUUAGUUCUGUUGAAGGCCGGGUUGCAAUGGAAUUUUUUGAUGUUUCUGAGGCUGGCCAAGCCAAGAAAUAUGCCUUCAAGUGUCAUCGAAAAUCGGAAGCUGGAAGGGACAUUGUCUACCCUGUUAAUGCCAUUGCCUUUCACCCUAUCUAUGGUACAUUUGCAACUGGGGGUUGUGAUGGUUAUGUCAAUGUGUGGGAUGGAAACAACAAGAAAAGAUUGUAUCAGUACUCAAAAUACCCAACAAGCGUUGCAGCCUUAUCAUUCAGCAGAGACGGCAGACUAUUGGCAGUUGCAUCAAGUUAUACAUAUGAAGAAGGAGAUAAACCUCAUGAACCCGAUGGCAUAUUUGUCCGCAGCGUAAAUGAAGUUGAAGUGAAGCCAAAGCCGAAAGCCUACCCCAAUCCUACCACAUAA